AUGGCUAGUGAGGAGAGUUUUGUAGUUUUGGUUCACCAUAGAGGAUCGAUUAAGAGGAAAACACGAUCCGGUGUGAAGUUCACUGGUAAGGAUCCUCUCAGUAUUUUCUUGAGGCCUACGACGAGCUAUGAUGACCUUGUCGGUUCUGUUCUACGGAAACUUGGUCUAGAAGGCGUAAAACGGAUUAAGAAGUUCUUCUAUUGCAUUCCAAUCUCGGUCCUCCAAGAAAUCGUGAAAUAUGAUUAUUUCACGAUCGGUAGUGAUGAGGACUUGCAGGUCCUGUUUCAUUGUCGACGUCAGUUUCCCGAAGUGAGGACACCAGAACUGUUGGCGAAGUUGGUUGACGUGAUAUCCAGCUCGGGGGGUUCGAACCCGAAUACCCCCACUGUAGCCACGGUAGCCAGUUCUAGCUCCAGACCUGCUGGUGCAUCUUCCUCCGUACCUAUGUAUGAUCCUCCGGUCCAGCCUGUCGCCUCCCCUUCGUUCGCAGUGGAUCUCAACGAAAGUGGAGGUGGCGAGGUUGGAAUAGGGGAUUAUGUGCCGACCCCUUUACAGUGUGCUGCACCGGCUGGUCUUGGAGAUGCAUUGUUGGAUGAUCGAGACGAAGACGAUGUGGAGCCGGAUAUCAUUGCUGACGACAAUGACGAUGAUAUUGGACCGAGUAAGCCUGCUGGUGCAGGAGGUGGUUCUAGCUCUGGCACAAGCAGUACCCUCCACAUUUUUCAUUUUUGGACUUGGAUGCAAUGA